AACAAACGUAAAGAUGUCCAAAGAAAAGCGUGUCUGUGUGAUUGGUGCAGGUCCCAGUGGUAUGUCAGUGCUGUAUCACUUCAAUAAACUGAAAGAACAAGGCAAAGAGAUUCCUGACAUUGUGUGCUUCGACAAACAGUCAGACUGGGGAGGGCUCUGGAAAUACUCCUGGGAAACUGGUAUCAAUCAGUUUGGCGAACCCGUCCAUGGAAGUAUGUACCGAGGCCUCUGGUCUAAUGGUCCGAAGGAAGCUUUAGAGUAUCCGGACUACACCUUCGAAGAUCAUUUCAAAAAGGCAAUUCCAUCCUUCCAACCCAGAGAGGUUCUCUAUGAUUAUCUGAAAGUGGAAACAACAAACGUAAAGAUGUCCAAAGAAAAGCGUGUCUGUGUGAUUGGUGCAGGUCCCAGCCGGAGAAUCACAGGGGAGCUAAAAUUCCCUGACAAGGAAGCCAUGAGGAAGGACAUAGAGAAAUGGAUCGCAAAGAUGAAUAAACAGAAGGUCAGUCACGAUGAUGUAGGAUUCCAGACCGAAUACGUGGUCGACACUGCCAAGAAUGUAAACUAUGGAUAUGACCUGGAUUCCUCCCAACAGCUGCAUGACUGGCAACAUCACAGACAUGAGGACAUCCUCACUUACAGAGUUCGAAGCCACGCAAGCAAGUUUACUGGAAAACAG